AUGGCUUACAGCUUGACAAGAAAAGUUUUACUUCUAGCAUUUGCGGUCACUGUAUAUUCGAAAGAAAUCGUCACACGACCACCAGCAGACGAAGCAAGUUUUGACAUUCAAAAUGCGCAAGAUACAAGAAAUGAAGACACAAAUCCCACCGAUACAGCCAAUGUAAAAGUUCUAGACAAUACACCAAAACCUCUAGAGAGUGCUUCAAGAGUCCUACUACCAGUUGUAUCAAAUGAAUUCAACGAUUUAAAAUAUCAAGUUAAGAGGAGAAAUUCAUCCCUCUCCACUAAAAUAGUAGAAGAAACAAAACCGAGGGUAGUAAAGAAUGAGUAUAAAACUCACGUGCAAUAUGAUGAAGUAACCGGUGAACUGAUUAGCGGUGAUCACCCUUGUCUCAGAGACUGUAAGGAAGGUGAAGAACCGAUGAUAUGUUAUUAUCACUUCAGUUUGGAGUUGUAUAUGACCAUGAGCAAGGCUUGUUACGAUUGCCCAUACAAUGAGACGGAUUGUGACAGAAUAGAUUGUAUACCAGCCGAUGGUAUCAGUCGACCUUUGACUGUGAUAAAUAGGAAGAUGCCCGGACCCGCUAUAGAGGUAUGUCAAUAUGACCGAAUAAUAGUUGACGUGGAGAAUGACCUCAUGACGGAAGGGACAACUGUCCAUUGGCACGGACAGCAUCAGCGCGGCACGAACUACAUGGACGGCACGCCGUACAUCACACAGUGCCCUAUAUUGCCGGAAACUACUUUUAGGUACCAAUUCAAUGCGACGCAAGCUGGCACACACUUCUGGCACUCCCAUUCUGGUAUGCAGCGUGCUGAUGGUGCGGCAGGUCCCUUAAUUGUAAGGAAACCGAAAUCUCAAGAACCACACGGCCCCUUAUACGACUAUGACAGGUCCGACCACGUGAUGCUGAUAACGGAUUGGGUUCACGAUCUCUCAAUUGGGAUGUUCAGCGAUCAUCACCACUCAUCGGGUGACAACAAACCACCAACACUCCUUGUGAAUGGUGUUGGACGCUUUCGGGUUUUUAAUGACACCAGUGCCAAGACCAAAUAUAUGAAGACAGCCAGAUUUAAUGUUGAACAGGGCUACAAGUAUCGUUUUCGUGUGAUCAACGCCGAAUUCCUCAAUUGUCCUAUCGAGAUGUCGGUGGAUGGUCACAAUAUCACUAUCAUAUCUUCUGAUGGCUACGAUCUAGUGCCCAUUACUGCUACAUCACUAGUGACAUACGCCGGAGAGCGCUAUGACUUCGUGCUGGAAACCAACAAUGAGAUCGACAAUUACUGGAUUCGAUUCCGUGGACUCAUGGACUGUGAUGAGAGAUUCACAAAAGCCAAGCAAGUGGCCGUAUUACAUUACGAAGGUGCUAUGGAAGUUGAGCCAAGCGGUGACCCGACGUGGGAAGAGCUGCAUAACGAAGGACUUCAAUUGAACGCAUUGAACAAAGGCGAAGAAGAUGAAGAGACGAUCAGUGUAGCUGACAUGAGGUCUCUAGAAGGUCAUGAUGACAGCUUAAAGGAAGUAGCCGAUUACCAGUUCUAUAUCGCAUAUGACUUUUACCCUAAGAACAACUCUCAUUUCCACAGGUCACCGUAUUAUGGAUAUUACCAAGUUCCAAAUCCCGACAAUCGUUUAUACACGCCUCAAUUGAACCACAUCAGUAUGAAGAUGCCAUCUAGUCCAUUAAUGUUAUCACGACCAUCAUCAGACAACUUCUGCAACUCAUCAAGCAUCGACGAAUCGUGCAAAGAAGGAUACUGUGAGUGCUCCCACGUACUGUCAGUUAGAAAGAAUGCUGUAGUUGAGCUCAUCAUUGUUGACGAAGGUGUCACCUUCGAUGCAAAUCAUCCAUUCCACUUACAUGGAUAUUACUUUAGAGUAGUCGGUAUGAGACGGCUUGCCCAAGAAAUCACUGUAGAUGAAAUCAAAGCGUACGACAAAGCUGGUCUCAUGAAGCGUAAUCUAAAGAACGCACCCCUCAAAGACACAGUCACAGUUCCCGAUGGUGGAUACACGAUUCUGCGAUUCAAAGCUGAUAAUCCUGGGUAUUGGCUUUUCCACUGUCACAUAGAGUUCCACGUGGAAGUGGGCAUGGCUCUUGUGUUUAAAGUAGGUGAUGAAAGGGAUUUCCCGCCAAUACCAAGAGAUUUCCCAACAUGUGGCAAUUAUAUGCCCGAUAAUAUGGUUGAACAUGAAACAACACCGAAGCCAAGUAAUGACAACCAAUUCAUUUCGAUAAAUCAUUGGUGGCCUGUGGUUUAUGUUAAUAAUACAAUAACCUCAGGAGCUAUUAAUGUGAAUUCGUCGGCUUUGGUUAUCCUAUGUAUUUGGGCAUUAAGGAUAUUAUUAACGUAA